ACAACAUUGCGCUGCAGGGAUGCCGUAGUCGCGCAUCAGGCGGGCGGCCGAUCGUAGUGUGUGUAUAUAUGAUCAGCGGUGGUCGCGCGCUUGAGGUGGAAAAAUGGCGGACGAAAACGAGGAUCAAUGGUUGUACGGCGAUUCUGCGGACGCUAAAGACGGAUUCCCGGAGAAUUCGGAUAGUCAACCGCCGGAGAACGAUGCCCCUUACGACAACCAGGAAGAAUCCUAUCAGCAGAACGAAAACAGCCAGGAGGAGACGGAAAACGAGCCGCCCGGAACCCAAGAGCAAACGAAGGACCCUGUACCUGCAGAGAGUUUUGAUGGAGAUAACGAGCAAACACAGCCGAAUAAUCAGGACGACGAGGAGGAUUCCAUGACGAAUCAAACGAAGGAGAACGGCACGAACGAUGAUCAGAAUCAGGAUGACGGAGACGCUGCCUCGGACUCGGAAUCCGACGACGAUGUGCACGUCGUUAUCGGGGACAUCAAAUCGACGCCAGCGCAGUACAGUAAUCUCAACAUCAAGCGCACCGGCUUGCUUACUGCUGCCAGUGGUGCACAGGAAAAGCUGAAACCGCAGACGGGAAAGUUCAGCAUAGAUGAGUUCGAAACCAUCGGAGUGAUCAAUGGCAUUCCAGCACACGAGUAUAAUCUCGACCAGCUGGAAGACAAGCCGUGGAGGCAGCCUGGAGCGGAUAUCACAGACUACUUUAACUAUGGUUUUAACGAAGAAACUUGGAGGGCUUACUGCGAGAGGCAGAAGCGCAUGAGAAGUGAAUCCGGAGUGGGACUUAUAUUGAAUGCUGGUGGACCGAGCGGUCCUGGAAAUGUGGCCAAUCCAGGUUCUAGAGUGCCACAGGUCACGAUCACUAACUACAAUAGCAAGUAUUCUGGCAUCGUUGGACCAAAAAGAGCAGGACCCCCGCCAGGUCGUAAAAUGGCAGGAACCAUAGAUGUUAUUGGCAGCACAGGACUGGGAUCCAGGAGAAACCUGGAAAAAUCGCCACCCAAAGAAAAUGUGAUCCAAGUGAUGACCGCGGAUAGGCGAGAAUAUUCACGCAAGCCGCCUGGACCUGCAUUUCCUGAUAUGUCAGUGCCGCCUCCAGGACCAGUGGUACCACCAACCUUUGACAUGCCACCUCCUGGUUAUCAGGAACCACCAGCGCCAUACUUCAUGCCAGAGCCCGAUCCUUAUUAUCACAGCUACGAACCAACGCAGGACAGGCAAUGGGGUGGUGAUCCUACAUGGCAGCCUACGAACGUCAACAUAUCCUUGACAGGUGACGAUGUCAAAGACGGGCCCAAGUCCAUUCCGGCGAUGGUACCUCCGUCUAUGCCACAAAUGAUGCGAGAUAACAGGGAUAGGGACAGGGACAGAGACAGGGACAGAGAGCGAGGUCGGGAUCGCGAUCGCGAAAAGGAGUCCCGAAGGGAAGAUCCGGAGUUCUCGGUAAGAGAGGAAGAUCGAGAUCGAGAGAGGUCGCGAUCACAAUAUAAGCACAAGGAGAGUCGGCACCGUCAUCGAUCCAGAUCGCGAUCGCGACGACACAAAUCGCGGUCGAGGAGUCCCUCUCGACGCAAAAAGAAAUCUCGAAGAUCUGAACGAGAAAGAUCGAAAGAAGAAAGUGAAUGAUUAAAUGAUUAAUGAUAAAUGUUAGUAAAGUAAUUUACAUCGGUAAUUUUGUAAACAUACCCCCGAAGUUUCGUAUAUAUUUUCAUUAAUUUUCGUAUAUAAACAUUUACAACAUUUUUAAUAAAUUAAAUAAUAAACUUUUGGCUUGCUAUACGCGGAUUACCACAUCCUGUAAAUACACAGAAAUUUUAAAAGCAACAAUCUUAAUUCUGGUCCAAUAAAGCCAUUUGGACACAAAAAGUA